AUGGAAUGCCUUAUUUGUAUUCCAAAUAGAAAGGUUAUGUAUGGAAAGAAUCAAGAUAAAAUUAGAAUGAAAGGUAGAGUAUUGUUAGAUUAUUAUUUAAGAAAGUCUCUCUAUCAUAAAGAAUCACUUCUUCCCUUUAUAAUAAAUAUGCUGAAUCUUAAAACUAUUAUUACACCAAAGUAGUUAAUGAUUUGAUACUCAACUAACCAACUAAGGCUACAAUUUGGUUUAAAGUAUAAUAUUUUCAAUUUUACAAAGGAUUUAGAAUAAUAUGAUGAAGAAGUAGAACAUUGUAAAAAACUCUACACAUUAUCAUCAUAUCCAAAGAAAAUUAAGAUUUUAGUUGAAUUUUAUAGAGUAUUCAUAAUUCAUUACAUUUGCAGUUCCAUAAGGAUAUUCCAAGGUGGGCCGUUAAUGAAUAAAUUGUUUCCAUAUUAAACGAAUUUUACAAUCAAAGAAGAAAAUUAGAAUACUAUAAAAUACAAUAUAUAAUUGAAUAAGAAAACCAAUAAAAUCCAAAUAGAACUCCAAAAGGUAUUGUGGGAGAAUAACCUUAAGAAUCCUAAAGUACUCCAAAAUCAUCUCAAGAAUCUGGUUAAGUUGUUGGAAAUGUUUUAGAUGAAUUAAAAAAUGAAUUAAAAUAAAGAACAUAAACUUAAUAAAGUGAAAUAAAUGAAAUUAUUAAUGCUUUAAAUNUUUUAAUAAAAUCUAACCUAUUUUUAUAGUAUUAAUACUUUCAAAUUAUGUUUAAGACAUAUCUCCUUAACUCUAUUUGGAUCUGUAAUAAUUGA